CAUUUACGUCCGUCUGAGCUGCAGUUGAACGCAACCCCGUUGUUUUCUCGUCGCUUGGGACUUGGCAGCUGUUGCGGUAAACAACUCUCUCGUUGGUGCUCCGUCUAGACCUAUUAUUUUCUGAAGGAAUGGACUCCGAGGUUGAAUCAUCUGAUGUUAAAGCUAAUGCAGGUAGUGGUGAGAGUAAUGGUGAAUCAAGAGCCAAGAGGCCUCGCGUAGACUUAGCUUCACUUCCAACAAGACAGUAUUUAGAUCAGACGGUAGUACCCAUACUCCUACAAGCUGUCACACAGUUGAAUAAGGAAAGACCAGGAGAUCCAAUCGAGUGGCUUGCCAACUAUUUACUGAAGAAUAAGACACAGUUUACCAAUAGCCCAAGCAGCUCUUAAAUGUCAGGAUCAUGAUCUCUUAGGCUAAGUUGGAGGGUCUCAUUUAUUUUGUUUUUGUUAAUUGGUAAGUUCUAACUUUCUUUUCCAAAAGUACUCUAUUUCCUGUAGUUGGAAAGAAAAAAUCACUAAUUAGUUGUGAUCCUAGAGUGCUAAGCAAACUAAAUUCUUGAUCUUUGGGAGUACAUAUUUAUUUUUCACUGUUUGUAGUAUUUAUUGAAUCACUUUGUAGAAAUGUAAAUCUUAUUAAGGUUUACAUGAACACCAAGCCACCAUAUUGACUUAAACCUUGUUUUGUUUCACAGCUUUUGACACUAGUGUUGCCAAAAUGGAAUUUGUUUAUUAUGAGUUUACCAUCUGUGUAGGUUAUGUAUUGCACCUUUUUGUAGUUGGCAAAUUUGAAUGGUAUUUUUAGGGGGAAGUUCAGCAUACUUGGACUAUCUGAUUGAUGAUAACUUUGCAUUCAUAAUUGCUUUUCUGGGAAAUAUUUUAGAAUGGGAAGUUUUAGUUUUAGUCACAGCAACUGAUUUAAAAUGCUAAAAUCUCACAUAAAACCCCUUCUGCUAUUUAAGCAAACUAGCCGAACUCCAUUGUGUGUAGUACUUAUCUGGUGGUAAUCAAGUAAUGUUAAGCAGAUACUGCACAAUGGAUAUGGUAACCAGAAUAGCCAAAGUCAUAUUAUCAAUAUCCAUGUUAAAUUAAUGCUUUUCUCUUAUUUUGCAUUUCCAUUUCUAAAAUUUCGACACUGAAUCAUUUUCUCAAAAGUAAUAAUCACCAAACCUGAAUGUUAAUUUACCAUGUAAGAUUCAAUAUACAGUACCCAUGCAAAAUUUACUCCUCUGAUACUUGGAAUUUUUAUAGGUUCAUGCAUUGACUUCAGGUAUAUGCAUAGUUUGAUGCAGGUUCAUUAUAGAAGUCUCAGUGUGCAAGCUUGUUGAAAUGUUGACAUCCAUAGUCAUUACCCACAGAAAGUUCAUGAUUGUCGUCAUUUAAAGCUAAUGAAGAAGUCGGAUAUGAAAGCUCAUUAAAAAAAAGGUCUUGUGGUUUAAGCUCAUAAUUAUCCAUGUAAGUCAGAAAAUGUUGAUUACUAGGGAGGACUUAUGAUGAUUCCAAUUGUAGUUUAAUAGUUCAAAUACAACAAACAGUACAAAGCCAGUUUAGGAUUAUGUUACUGGUCUUAUCCCAGUUUUAUAUUAUUUCUUUGCCCCCGUUGCAACAAUAUUUCCUCAUAGCUACAUUAUACUGCCAGUGUAAUGAUAAUAGUGUAUUCCAGUGCUAUUAUCAUAUGUAAAGAAAUCUCACAGAUAAUUACUAGUCUUAAGUCAUUGCUAGUAAGUAAUGGAAAUGCAGGUCUUAUGCAUACGUAUUUACACAGAUAGCAUUUAGAGAUAGCUUGAAGAAUGUACAUGAACAAUACAUCUUGCGUCUGCUCAAGGUUUUAAUGAAGAAUUUUAAUAUU